CAAUCACAAAGGAAAACAAGUCUUCUUGAUGUUGCAUGUGAAAAUUUACUCGGAUUCGAAUGAUAUUAAUUCCAGCAUGAUCCAUUUGGUCGCAUAUAGAAGUAUUCGAAAACUCAAAAUAACCGAGUUACUGACUGAAAUAAGCAAGGUAGCUUAACGUCAAGGCUACCUUUCCUUCUCAUCAGUAUCUCGGUUAUUCUGAUCAGUUACUUACUCGCUUAUUUCAGUUUUUCGAGUAGGCAUCUGGUUCUUUUCCGUUGAUCAGUGAAAAAGUUUUCCACCAGUUGUACGGUGUAAGUAAGUACUUAUUAUAUUUGGUCUUGCCAAAAAGGCCGACCUGUCUCAUGACUGGGUCAAUACAAUGUUGAGGGUUUCUCUCGUCGGCGCCGUGGCGGCGCUACAGCUGCCAUGCGUUUGGUGCAGCGACCCCGACUCGAACGCUGCGCGUGCAGCUGUCGGUCUCAUGCUCGAAGGCGUGCACGACUUUCUUGCGAAAGCGAACGAUGCAAUUGUUGAAGACAGGAAGAAAGAGGCGCCACGAAAGAACGCAGUCGACGAGGCUAAGAAGAACCUUGCAGACAAAAGCGCUGUUGCAAUCCAGAAGAACCAUAUGUCUAGUUAUCUUGUAGUCUUAAUGUAGAAAUCAAGCUGAACGCUUGCUUCUACAUAGAUAUGCUUUGUAGUGGUGAGGACACACUUGCUGUGAGGUAGUUUCUAGAGAUAGGGCAAGCGCAGGUGUAGCAUAAAGUGGUGUGCGGAGAUAGUCCCUGAUCAUCAUCGUGUUCCAUUUGGUGCCUAGCCUAAGGGCGCAACAAAACAGUUCACGAAGAUUCCUCGCUAAUCAACAACAGACCGCAUCGGCAAAGAUGACAUCAGAGAAAAGCCAAUCAAAGGCCGACUCCUCGUCUAGAGGACCGACUCGCGAGGAGGCUCUGGAUUAUCUGGAGGAGAUUGGCCACAAUCUAGGCCUCCUGGCUGAAUUGCUCACAGAGCAAGAUACCGUGGUCGCGCAAAAAAUGGAAGAGCAGACCGCCCAAUCGAACGAGCUCAUUGCUGUCAUAAAGGAGGACACAGCAAAAACAAAAGAAGCCGCUGACGUAUUUUUGUUCUCUACUGGAUACUAGAUUCAUAAGAUAUUGAUAUACUAGCAAGCCUUGACCUUGAGUUGUAUCAUGCCUUGCAUCUCUUCGCAACUAAUUUUACGACUCGUUUUUAUUGGAUGAGAAACAUACCGAUCCAAUGAAACUAUGAAUUGAAUCAUUGGACAUAGGUAGUAUCUAUAAACAUGAACACUUAGAUCAACGAAACUUUUUUUCCACACAAACGACUACACAGCGCAAGUCCGGACGUCUUUCUAAAGCCAUGCGACGUCGCUCACAGCAAUUGUCUAACGCACUGUCUGGCGAACGAUCGGCGGAGCAAAAGCUAGCCACGUCAGAAAGAAUGCGCGGAACAUUACGCUUUCGUUUGCAGCAACUCCUGGAUGAGCAGAAGAUGCUACGUGACCGAAUGAAGCAGAUGCAAUCCAGAGAUUACGUUGUAUGGAAAGUUUGAAACUGUACUUGCUUCAUCUACUUUCAUACAACAUCAUGGUUCGUAGUUCAAAGCCCUUCCCAAGAGCUACGAAGCUGAUAGAAGUCUACACUCUCUUUAGAUGAUACGAGGAGUUUUUCUGGGGAGGAGGAUCUUGAAUGUCGCCAUCUUUCAUUCACCACUGAAAACGGAAAUUUGCGAUCACAGCUCGAUCACGCACUCGUCGAGAAUACACGACUAAGUGCGAGCGCACGCGGAUUACUCAAGACGCAAGCACAACUCUUGUCACAAAAGGAGGCUGCUUACGAACAACAUUCUUGUGUCAGUAGGUCCGUAGAAGUGGAUGUCUUCUUAAACAGUGUAUUAUUAAAAUGAGUUGAAAAGUAUAGCACUAGCACUACUCACCCUGUACUUGAUGUAGGAGACAUUAAAAAUCGAGCUCACAGAUAUAGUUAUCGUGAAGAUGUCCGCAAAAAGUAAAUACACAGAAGUUUAGUACUACUUCCUCUUCCUCCUGCGUCAAGGUCAAACCCAUGUGGUUCUUCAUUUUUCGGCGAACAACGACAAGUGUAAGCGAAAGGUCGAAGAGCUGUUCACCAGGAACAACGAGCUGCAACUACGCGUAGACGCUCACAGCAUUGAAAAGGAACAGUGCGAGAAGAAUCUGGACCAGCAACUGAGCCAGAGCAAGCGCAUGCUGGACCAACUGGUGGCGGACAAGGUAAUUGAUAUUGUACAGACACCCUCUAGGUUUUGUUAUGGUGCGUGUAGGCUCUGACCAUUCCUUCGGUUUUGCAGCAGUGUUUGCAAUGCUUCCGCAUGGAAAAUCACGUUCUUUGCAUACCUGCUACGGAUUGCGACUAGAUUUUUUCAUAUCCCAGACGACUCUUUCCUGCAGGGAUUCGGAUCAACGAACGUGCACUCAAAAAAUGCUUCUGCAUGGGAAAGUGAAGUGCGAAACUACGUACAAUUGCAACCUCGAGAGGCUUUGGACGAUAUCGUUGCGCGCAAAGUGCUAGCUGAGACUGACGAAGACACCCAGCAGGACAAAAAGCCAGUAGAAGGCGCGGCGGACCGAUCAGAUACAGGAGUCGAGCUCGCGAGGAAUGGUGAAGACACGGCAGAACAACUCGCUGAUGCAACAGCGAAGCGACUGCACGAUGCAGUGUACCAGAAUUAUAUGAAGAAGAUUCUGAAGAUGUCCCCCAACAACGACUUCAACCGCGACAAAGCUAGUAGAACCAGGUCUAGUAGCAGCACAGAAGCGCAGAAUCUAGAUGCGCCUUCUUCCUCGACAAGCACUUCUGAUGGAUCAACACACACCCGCACGUUGAAGAUGACAGUAAGAAAAGAGCACAAGAAACAUCGAAAUCAUGGGUCUCACGGGCCCCGGAGCACCCACGACAAGCAUGAUAGGCAGCACCGCGCGAGAGAUGCACGAAAACACGAAGCGGCGACCCACCACGGAGAGGACGUGGAAUUGAAGCCACCAAUGCAGGAAGACUACGCACUCGCAAGUAAGUGGCUUCGUUAGUAUUUUCUACGAAGGAUGAUGAAAAAUGUACAGAUGCUUGUUUACUAACGAAGGAUUGCACAAGUAAGUAGAUGCGCCACACUAUCGCCUCGAAGGAGCAUGCUCUACAUGAUCUUCAGUCUGUGCAAAGAUUGAAUGGAAUGAUAGUAUCCUGCACGCAUACUAGUCUUUGCAUGUUCAUCAGUUGUUUUUUUUCCUGGAUAAUCACCUUGAUUUUCUAUCCAACUCGCUCGAUACAACAACUCAAACUCAUGGCAAUUUUUUCCCAAAACUUUUUCCCUAAGAUGAACUGAUCAUGGCAACAUGAAUCCAUGUUGGCUUUAUUAAGAAGUAGCUACUUCUUACGCAGCGGCUCGAUAUGAAUUCACCACCCGAUCGUUCGUUCUUCUUGAGAACCAGUGAAAUCGAUGCUGUUUAGAAGAAGUAGAGGUGUCGGU